UUAAAACUUGUAAGAAAAAAAGAUUGAAACUUGACACCAGUGAGGACGAAAUCUCAUCUUAACUUCACUUCACGUUUCAACAUUGCUGCAUCUUCUUCAGUUUCGUAGAAAUUUCCGCAAGAGUUACCCACCGAUUUCGAAGAUGAUGGAGGAAAGGACUCAAUCGCGCUACGUCAAACUCACCAAAGAUCAGCUCCCUGUUGAAGAUAUCAACCCUGGUGAACUCAAUCAGCCAAUUGAGGUUCCGCAGUUGGCUGUUCACAAGUGCAUGGAAUGUGGGCAGCCAUUACCCGAAAGCUAUGCACCUCCUGCUGAUGAACCUUGGAUGACUGGGAUCUUUGGAUGUGCUGAAGAUAGGGAAAACUGCUUGACAGGAUUAUUUUGUCCUUGUGUAUUAUUUGGGCGUAAUGUGGAAAGCUUGAAUGAAGAUACUCCUUGGACUGGGCCAUGUGUCUGUCAUGCCAUUUUUAUUGAGGGUGGAAUUGCUCUGGCAACUGCAACUGCAAUCUUUCAUGGUCUCAUUGACCCUGGGACGUCAUUUCUCAUUUUUGAGGGUUUAUUUUUUACUUGGUGGAUGUGUGGCAUUUACACUGGUCAGGUUCGGCAAUCUUUACAGAAGAAAUAUCACUUAAAGAACUCGCCUUGCGAUCCAUGUUGUGUACACUGCUGCAUGCACUGGUGUGCCUUGUGUCAAGAGCACAGGGAGAUGAAGGGACGUCUCUCUGAAAGUGUUGUCUCAGAAAUGACCCUUGUAAAUGCUCCUCCUGUUCAAGAGAUGAAGUCUACUGAUGACAAGGAAAGUCCUGAAGCCUCUUCUACUAACAACAAUCACCAUACUGAUAUGGAAAUGCAAGCUCUAUAGAUAAUAUGAAAAAGAAUGACAUGUAUUAUUGAAUUAUGUUCUUUUGAGAUAUAUCGACCUUUGGGCAGAGUUCCCUAUGUUACAUUAGACAUGUAGACCAUAGAUCACAUUUAGACAUCUCUCUUCUACAUUUAGGUGGCAAAUUAUACUGAAUCCUUUUUUUUUCUCUUAUCCGUUGGCCUAUCUAUUCUGUCUUCUGAUUGUGUUAUUUUCAUUUAGUUUUCAACAAAUUUUAUAAUUGCCAAUAAUAAAUGAAACAAUGAUGUGCCUUUCAA